AUGGAGAAUUUUGACAUCAUGGAUUCGCACACAAGUCGCGACUCGCCCGUAUUCGUGCCAGCGAGUCCCACACUGUCAGAUAUAUGCUGGCAGUGUAGGUACUGUCCGGCCGCCAGGGAUUGUGGGCACCCCGAAAUCCCCGCGGACGGCGAGCACGAGGAGGAGGGUUCGUAUCUAGAGUGCGGGAAAGCCGCGGCUUGUAUUCGUGACCUAAACUCGCGAGCGCGCGAGGAGGAACGUAGGUGCAUCGAGCUCGCUAAAGAGCUACGGCGCCACCAAGUGGAAAUGGAAAGAGAGGUCGUGGAGCUGGGAGAGGAACUGCGAGCCUCAGAAAGGCGCUUUCGUAACACAUUGCGGUUACAAAAUAGAGAAAAAAACAUGAGCUUCGAAAACAGGAUGAUGCAGGAACUGAUGAAGAAUGAGGAGUUUCGCGUGGAAAUUUGGCGUGCUCGCGCCUUCGCCGUGCCGCCAUCCGCCGUUCCGCUCAACACGAGGCGCUCGGAAUAG